AUGAAGAUGACCAAAUUUUUCGAGAAAGACAAACCCUGGGAUAGCUGUGGCGAUGGAACGUUGGAUGAUCCCGAGGUAUUUCUUCUGUCGUCAUCCCUUUACACGGCGACUGUUGAUUCAGCAGUAGAUCAUCUGGCUAAAGCAGCCCGGGGACCUAAGUCUGAAGGACGGAAUCGAGCAGGUCUGUCACCUCCUGGCUACUCAAGAGUUCCUUACUCACGUUUGGCUGCGGCCGACGGUCAGUUACUAGAAGGCCAUGUCUAUUGCGUCAUCGACGGACAGUCUGGGAAAUUCAUGGCCCGAGAGGCUCGGAAACACGCUCGGGAUGGUCAGGACCAGCCUGUCCAACUCCACAAUUUUGAUUUGAGACCGAAGCGGAGGACUAAAUUGGUGAGUCGGCUGCUGCAGGACUACGAGGCCUGGCGUAAAAUACAAGGACCGCUUUUCCAGCAGAACGCUUAA